AUUCACUGAUUCUUGAAAAUUGAAUUUUGGUAGAUUGAGAUUCAUAGAUUUUCGACAUUUUACAGGAUCUUUAGCUUAUUCUUCUGCUUCGAAUCUCAAGUAUCAGCUCAAACUUGAAGUUCUUUUCAUUUCUCAUUUUUGGAUCGUGAAAAUUUCCAGAUAAUAUGGAUGAGACACAGCUUGAACAGCCCAUUGACGCUGUCUUUGGAGACCGUGUGAGAAGGUUCCAAGAGUUUUUGGACUUGCUUGAUGGCACCAACUACAGAAACCAGAUCAAAGAUAUGAUUGAUAAAGGAAGAUGCCGGUUAUGUGUUUCUAUAGAUGAGAUUCGAGACUUUGACCGUGAGUUCUGGAGCGGCUUGUUGAGAACACCCGCAGACUAUUUGCCAGCAUGCGAAAGGGCGUUGAGGGAUACUGUAUUGAGUCUUUAUACGCCUGGCGACUCUUCUUUUGAGACUUACGACGAAAAUCAGCAGUUCUACUUGUCUUUCAAAGGUUCUUUUGGAGAUCUUCAGGUGACACCCAGAUCUAUUCAUUCUGAUCAUUUGUCAAAGAUGGUUUCGAUUGAAGGAAUUGUAACACGUGCCUCCCUUGUGAGACCCAAGAUCAUCAGAUCGGUGCACUAUGCUGAUGCCACGAGUAGAUUUCAUGCCAGAGAGUAUAGGGACCAGACUACGUCGUUUGAUCCUAUUUCAACAGCAGCUAUCUACCCAACUGAAGAUGUAGACGGUAACAAGUUGACAACCGAGUACGGCUACUCGACCUACAGAGAUCAUCAAAAGAUCUCCGUUCAGGAGAUGCCAGAGACUGCUCCAGCCGGUCAGUUGCCUCGUUCUGUUGAUGUUAUUUUGGAUGAGGACUUGGUUGACUUGACCAAGCCUGGAGAUAGAAUCCAGAUUGUAGGUGUCUACCGAGCUCUCGGCGGUGGUUCUAAUAACAGUUCUUCGUUCAAGACGGUCAUCUUGGCGAACUCAGUGUAUCCAUUGCAUGCAAGAUCCACGGCUGUUGCCUCUCAGGAGAAGUUGACAGACCAGGAUGUAAGAAACAUCAACAAAGUGUCCAAAGAGAGGAAGAUCUUUGACAUUUUAUCAACAUCUUUGGCCCCAUCUAUCUAUGGAUUCGACUACAUCAAGAAGGCUACGUUGUUGAUGAUGCUUGGAGGUGUGGAGAAGAACUUGGACAAUGGUACCCAUUUGAGAGGAGACAUCAACAUCUUGAUGGUAGGUGAUCCUUCUACGGCCAAGUCACAGAUGUUGCGGUUUGUGUUGAAUACAGCCUCGUUGGCUAUAGCAACUACUGGUAGAGGUUCUUCUGGUGUCGGUUUGACUGCCGCUGUAACUACUGACAAGGAAACUGGAGAGAGACGUUUGGAGGCUGGUGCAAUGGUGUUGGCCGAUAGAGGUAUUGUCUGUAUUGAUGAAUUCGACAAGAUGUCAGAUGUUGACAGAGUUGCUAUCCACGAAGUUAUGGAACAGCAGACAGUAACUAUUGCCAAAGCUGGUAUCCACACUUCGUUAAAUGCACGUUGUUCAGUCAUAGCAGCUGCCAAUCCUGUUUUUGGUCAAUACGAUGUGCACAAAGACCCACACAAGAAUAUCGCCUUGCCUGACUCGUUGUUGUCUCGUUUCGACUUGUUGUUCGUGGUCACUGACGAUGUGCAACCCACCAAGGAUAGAAUCAUUUCCGAGCAUGUUUUGAGAAUGCACAGAUUCAUUCCUCCUGGUUUGUUGGAAGGUGAGCCUAUCAGAGAAAAGAGCAAUUUGUCCUUAGCUGUUGGUGAUGACUCAACCAACGAGAGGGAAGAAUUGGAACAACCGAUUUUUGAAAAGUUCAAUUCGUUGUUGCACUCUGGUGUGACCGAAAGAUCUAAAAAGAGCCCUACAAUCUUGUCCAUUCCGUUCUUAAAGAAGUAUAUCCAAUAUGCCAAACAGAGAAUAAAACCACAGUUGACCAAGAGAGCAUCAGAGUACAUUGUAAAUGUCUAUUCUGGUUUGAGAAACGACUUGAUCGACAACAACCAGAGAAACACAGCACCCAUCACCGCCAGAACCUUGGAAACAUUAAUUCGUUUGGCCACAGCCCAUGCCAAAGUAAGAUUGUCCAAAACUAUAGAAAUCAAGGAUGCGAAGGUAGCUGAAGAGUUAUUGAGAUUUGCCUUGUUCAAGGAAGUCACUUCCAAGUCUAGAGCCAAGAAACAGAAAACUCAAUUAUCUGAAGAUGAGGAAGAGGAAUCAGAAGAAGAAGCUGAAGACAGCGAAGAUGAAGUUCUUCCUAGACCAAGCACAGCCAGAACAAGACUCAGAAGUCAGGCUCGUAGAACACAACAACAUACACCUUCACUUACUCCUCCUGCUGAUAUAGGCAUAGACGCAGAAGAUGAAGCCAUGGAAGAAGUCAUGGAUAACUUGCACAUUAGUGCAGCGCAAAGAACAGAAACAGUUCCUUUGAGUUCGACUAACAUCGUCUCACGUGCCUCUAGAAUCAGUCCAGAAAGAUAUCAAGAGUUUGUCAGAGCCAUGGCUCAGGUGAUGAAUUCGCUGAUGUUCCACGAAGUUGGCGCUGCUGUAGCUGUAGAGACUGUGAUAGAAACUGUCAAUAGCAGCCGUGCUCAAGAAGAGGUCUUUGCUGAUGAAGAAGCAUUGGCUGCACUUGAAAGAAUGACAGACGAGAACAAGGUCUACUUGAGUGAAGGAAAAAUUUACAAGAUCUGAUACAAUCUUUUGAAUCUGAUUUGGUCUUGCAGCGUGUAUUCUAGUUAAAUGUUUCAUUUCAUUUCCCUUUAUAUAAGUUAGUACUC